GCCCACCACCAGCGUACUGGUCCGGCCGGAGGAAAAGCGACACAAAACAGAGCAACCGCCAGAGCCAGCGAUACGCCAGUCGCUCAAUUAGAUAAUAGCCGUUGACCAGGUUGCGCCGGGAAUCCGCUGGAGCUCCGCCACAUCCAGGACCCAAGCUGGCGGCGCAGGAAUCGGAAUCGGAAUCGGAUAAGAGACGGAGCAGCACUACACUUACACUCAUUAAUUUGGAAUAAUCUCGUACCUACUGGAGCUAAAUUUUCCGUAUCUUUUUAACAAAAUUAUCCGUGCGUGUUCAUAGAGACGGACGUGGUGAAAACAUUCAAUUAUAAUCUUCAAUAAAGGAGUCAAUUCUUCAUCAGUCGAUGCGUGGCCCCAAAGGAAUACUUGGACCGGAUAUCGUGCUAGAAACUAGGAGCAGAGAGAGCUGCCAGAGGCGAUGGCCGAGCCUUAUCAGCUACGAACCCAGAUGGCAACACAGUAUCGUCGUCCACGACCAGGACACACCACCUCCCAGUUUCCCCACCAAGGCGUAGUCUAUACAAACGGAGGCACUGCUUCCUGGAACGAGGCACGCCAAUUUCAGCAACAACAACAACAACAACAGCAAUUGCAAUAUCAACAACAACAACAGCAACAACUUCAUCAGGAGCAACAACAUCGGUACUCGUACCUGCAGCAACAGCAGCAGCUGCAACAAUCACAACAGCUGCACGAGCAGUAUCAAAACCAACAACACCAGGAGGCACAGCAGCAUUAUAAUAACAAUAAUCAGAUCCCAGGACCGGGACUAAAGUAUUUGUAUAAGGAACCAGUGAUUGCUGGGCAGCCAUCGGUUGCUGGACCGCCGUUUGGCAUGCCAUUAGGAGGAGCACCAAUCAUACCGAUUGGUUCACCCAUGGCUGUGAUGCCCACCACACCACGAGCGCAGAAACCACGCAGCAAGAGCGAGGAAGCCAUCUCAGAUCUUUUACUGCGCAUUCCGGACAUUGGUAUAUUGUUUGAUGUUCAUAGUCGGAUUGGAAAUGGAACAUUUAGUACCGUUUUGUUGGCCACUCUGCGCCGUGAAUCGCAUUUGCCGGAUAAUGUAAGACGCAAAUUUGCCAUCAAACACCACAUCCCCACCAGCCAUCCGGAUAGGAUUAUGAAGGAGCUGCAGUGUAUGACAAAAAUGGGGGGCACAAACAACGUGGUCGGCAUCCACUGCUGCCUGCGAUGUGACGCCUCCGCCGCAUUCGUGAUGCCCUACAUGGCCCACGACCGCUUCCAUGACUUCUUCACGCGCAUGGACGUGUCCGAGAUCCGCUUGUAUAUGCGUAAUCUGCUAAUAGCCCUCCGCCACGUCCACAAGUUCGACAUCAUUCAUCGCGACGUGAAGCCGAGCAACUUUUUGUACAACCGCCGCCGGCGUGAGUUUCUCCUCGUGGAUUUCGGCCUGGCUCAGCAUGUGACUCCCGCGAUGGGAUCGAGUGCAGGGGGAAUCGGAGCAGUGGGAAAGCGUGCCCGCGAAGGGGACCAUGAAGACCAAGUGGCGCCCAUGCUAGGAGGAGGAGCUGCCGGGGCAGGGAAUGCUAUGGAAGUCCCACCGGCUGACGCGGAACUGGGUGGAGCUGUGAAACGCAUGCGACUAGAGGAUGGCGUCAAGAUGCCACUGAAGCCCAUCAAUGAAAUUGCUCAGGGCGAGGCACCGCCUGCGGACUUCGGUAAUCCCAAUCCCGGCCUGCAGCCCACCGGCCAGCAACUGCAACAGCAGCCGGAGCAGAACUAUAACGCCGCCGGAGGAACCCCCUCGGGAAGCAAAUACAACACCAAUCGCAAUGCAGCUGGAUCGGGUACGAAGUGCUUCUGCUUUGCCAAUCCGUCGGUGUGCCUGAACUGUCUGAUGAAGAAGGAGGUGCAUGCCUCCAGGGCCGGGACUCCGGGCUACCGCCCACCCGAGGUGCUGCUCAAGUAUCCGGACCAGACCACCGCCGUGGAUGUGUGGGCGGCGGGCGUCAUCUUUCUCUCCAUCAUGUCCUCGGUGUAUCCGUUCUUCAAGGCACCCAACGAUUUCGUGGCUCUGGCCGAGAUCGUCACCAUAUUCGGGGAUCAGGCCAUCCGCAAGACCGCCUUGGCGCUGGAGCGCAUGGUGACCCUUAGCCAGCGUUCCCGUCCGCUCAGUCUGCGCAAGCUGUGUCUGCGCUUCCGCCACCGCCGCGUCUUCAGCGACGACAAGCUGCAUCGCAGCCAUGCCAACCAGGAUGGCCAGUGCGAGGUGUGCCGCAACUGCGACCAGUACUAUUUCAACUGCCUGUGCGAGGAUACCGAGUACAACGAUGAGCCCCUGGAUGCCUACGAGUGCUUCCCGGCCACUGCCUACGAUCUGUUGCACCGCCUGCUCGAGGUUAAUCCCCACAAGCGCAUUACCGCCGCCGAGGCACUGCAGCAUCCAUUCUUCACGGCCGCCGAGGGCCAGGAUCAGGCGGUAACAGCGCCAAUACCCUGUGACGAAGAUCACCUAGUGUCGGGGAAACAAUCGCAGGCAGAGUCACGGAAGCUACGUCGCCAGCGCUAUCCCAAAGUGGCUGGUGCGACGGGCAACGAGCAGCUGAAGCAACCACUGGAGGUCGACAUGCAUGCGACGGCUUAUGAAAAACUGUGAAACUAGUCCCCAUUUGUACAUACCACACACCUCACUCACCUCCCCCCCCACACAUAUCGCCCAAGAACCAUGAUUGUACAUAUAUAUAGAUAUAUAACCUCCUCUCAUCCACAACGCACAUCUUGUCCAGUGUAAAGUGUUCACCAUACCUCAGUACCUCUGCGGGGAAUCCGCCAGGGAGUAAACCAAAUAGAAACACCACACAAAAACCAACAAAAAAAAGGAUAGUUUUAGCAACAAAUACACACAUUUUAAAUCAAGAUCAUGAACAAUAGAAGACAGUGGAGCAUCUCGGAGUAUACAUGGAAAUUAAUAGCAACAACCAGUGGCAGGAGAUCCACCUGCACAACCACCACCACUACCAAGUUGUACAGUUCGAAUAGUGUUAGUGUAAUUUAAGUUUAAAAAUUGUAUUUUAUAUCAAGAAACAAAAAAAAAAAGAAGAAACCCAUGUGAACGGAGAUAUAUACAGAAGCGAAAUAUAUUUAUACGAAUUGUGAAUUGUAAACUAAA